AUGCAAAAAUUGUGCAAAAUUGUGAAGUUUGAUGGCAAAGUGGAACUGGACUCUUUCCCCGUCGGCCACAGAUACAUUGUUGCUGAUUUAGGGGGGGGAACAGCUGAUUUAGCUGUACAUGAAAUUCUAGACGAUCAAAAUUUAAGAGAGAUCGCAAGGUCGGAUGGUGACGCAUACGGGGGUAUUUUAGUGGACAACGCGUUUCAAGAAUUUCUGUCAGAUUUUUUCGGAUUUAACGUAGUACAACACUUAAUUGAAACACAUGGGUAUAUGGAAUUUCGGAGGAAAUUUGAAACUAAAAAACGAGGAUUUAAAUCCGACGAAAAAUGGAUCAAUAUUAAUAUUCCAUUGUUGGAAUUAAAAGACGCAUUUGAAGCUUGCAGUGUGUCUUAUAACGACACAGUUCGUGAAGCCAAUGCAAAGUACACAGGAAAGGCUGAAAUUAAACGUGAUAUGUUCAAAUUUUCUGCUGACAUCAUGAAGUGUUUUUUUGAUAAGGCCGUUGAUGGAAUUGUCAAAUUCAUCAAAGAGUUGCGUUCAAACGAUGAGCUGAGUAUGAUCCAUACCAUUUUGAUGGUUGGAGGAUUUUCGGAAUCAAAAUAUGUCCAAGAACGCAUUAAAAAUGAUAUACGUGGAGUAAGGCUGGUUAUUCCAAUCGAUCCUUCAUUGGCUGUUUUAAAAGGUGCAGUUUUAUAUGGGAAAAAUCCACAAGCAAUAACGGAAAGAAUGGCAAGAUAUUCCUAUGGGUUUUCCGUUGCUAGAUCUUUCAAGGAGGAAACCGACCCGGAAGAGCUGAAAAUAACAAUAAAUGGAAUGCAGUAUUGUAAGAAGGUAUUUAAAAAGUUGAUCACAAAAGGUGAAGUAUUGAAAAAGGGCGAGGUGUUCGGCAACAUUAUGGGGCAUACUGUCGAAACCAAUACAGUUUUGAGCUUUAUGUUAUCAUCAUUGCUUCCAGCAGUGGCAAAAGUUUACAAAUCAACAAAAGAAGAUCCAAAGUACACUACCACAGAAGAAGAGUGUGAAGAACUAGGAAAACUUAUCAUACAUCCGCCACCUUCAGGGUGGCCUCCUGUCAGCGUUCUAAUUCAAGGACUAAUCGUCGGUGAUAGUGAAAUGCAUUCCUUUGCAUGCAACGUUAAAACCAAGCAAAUAUACGCAGCAAAAUUUGACUGCCUUUGA